AUGCGCGCUGCCCAGAUAUUCCAUCAACGUGCGCUGCUAGGCAACAACCUCAACUCGCGCCGCACAGAAACAACCCCAGCUCGCGCUGCAUACCAACAAACCAAACUCGCGAUCGCCCAUAAUAAUCAUAACUCGCGCAGCACCAACGGGCCCCGACAAGCUCUAAUGGAUGUCAACAUUUUAGAUCUCAGCCCUCUAGAGGUGGACGAGAGGAUUCUGGAGUCCGCAGAUAAAUAUUACCCCACUUUCCUCCGAAUAUCUGAUGUUUGUAGAGUCGCGGAAGGGCUCACAAAUCCCACCUACCGAGAGGAUGUUAUCAAGCAGCUAACGACAGUGCUUGCCAGACUCCCCAUCAUUUGGGCUAUCAGGGAUACAGAGGCCAAACUGCGCGAGCUUGGAACUGAAACCCGCUUUGGGGACCGUACAUGCAACCGCCUGAAGGACUUUGCCGACUAUACUUACCAGACGAAAUGUCGCCAGAAAGACAAGUAUUACGUCGAGAAACAGAAGCUCCUACGAACCGUAAACUGGAGAGUGUUCAGGUUCCAUAGCAUAGCCUUUUCAAUAGAGAAAACCAGGAAUAUGAAUCUCAAUCGCUUGCGGCAAGUCCUCCAGCUAGUAGAAGCUCGCAUAAAAUCUCGUGGGUUGGGCCGUUACUUAAAUCGCAUGGAGUUCAACAAUGCCCUCGCCGUACACGCCUCAAGAGUCCGUUACGGGGAACCGGGCCUCUAUGACCCAAGCUACGAGGCUUUCAAGGCUGCACAGCCAGAGGAGCGCGUAGAACACAUUCCGCAAGACCACCAAGAUGAAAUCUCCCCAGUAGCUAUUUCUGACCAUCAAGGUAUGUAUUUUCCUUCAUUCGAAGUUUUACUAAGCACCCACUAGGCGCACCUAUACGCGAACUACAUGGACAAGUGUAUCAGCUCAGUGCAGCGGACCUUAGAGAUAUCGUCUAUUCUUACAAAGGUGCUGGCAAACCUAGCAUCAUGACCGUUCCAGUCCCAAUAACAAACCCGCCCUUUAUAAUUUUCACCACCACAAAUACAAUGACUAUGAAGUUCAUGGAACGCCCAGUACCGCAGAACGAGCAGAUGAGUCGCCUGAUCAGGUCCGUAGUAACAUCUUGGUCGUACCAGCCGCUACCUGGGGAAUGUUGGGUGUGUUCACCGCAAGGUUGCUGGGUGGACCUUUUCACGUUGGGGCGGCUACGAUUGUGCUCGGAUCAUGAAAGAUGCCAAAUGUGCCAGCCGUGCUGGAUGUUUGAGAGACGAAUCAGCGAUAAAUAGCUUUUUAGAUUCAACAAACACGAUGUUACAUCAACAGCCUCAGACCCCGCAAAGUGCGCAAUAGCGGACAAACUGGCUCUCAGUAUAAUUAUGGACGAGGGAACGCUAAAAUAAAU